AUGGGUGUACCAAAUUCUGUGCUAAUCAAGGAUGUCAAGAUAUUCACAGGCACCGAGAUCGUCGAUGAGGGAUAUGUCUUCGUCCUGGAUGGUAAAAUCGCAGAGGUGGGCAAGGGCAAAUUUAACGGCGACCUCUCAACCGGCAUCACAGUCAUUUCAAGACCCGGAGACUCACUCAUACCCGGCUUAAUCGAUGCCCACGUUCACGCAUUGUCUGGCAAUGUCAACAGCAUCGAACAAUCCCUGCGCUUCGGCGUCACCACUGUCUGCGACAUGCACAAUGAUCCUAGAGAUAAUGCCGAGUUGAAAAAGCUGGCAAGCGCACCUGCCAAUAAGUCAAAAUACGCCGACUUCAAAUGCGCGGGUCUCGGUGCGGUCAUCGAAGGCGGCUGGCCCAUACCAGUCAUGAAGAAGGAAUUCGCGGAUCAACCAUGCGGUGAUCACCUUGUUGACAAGAUCGUUUCCACCUGGCCAAUGCUACGGAAGCCGGAAGAUGCAGAGCCUUUUGUGAAGCAGCAAAUCAAAGAAAACGGAGCAGCGUACAUCAAGAUGUUCCACGAGCUCGGCGACACGCUCGGCAUGGACCUGCCCAGACCACCUAUGGAUAUUCAGAAAGCAGUCGUCGCCGCUGCUCACAAGCACGGAGUCAUCACGACAGGUCACGCCUUCAGCUAUGCCGGCGCAAUGGACCUUCUGCGCGCUGGAGCGGACGGGCUAAGCCACAUGUUUCUCGACGAGCCUCCGAGCGACGACUACAUCCAACUCUUGCUGGAUAAUGGUGCUCACUGCAAUCCGACAUUGGGCCUAUGUGCCUCUCAAACCGAUGAGGGCCAGGAAGUACAACAGUCAUUCCUACAAGACCCGUUCGCACAAAAGAUGCUUAUUCAGAAAGCGCCGACAAAACCUCUAGGCCUGGCGGCUGGACAAAAGCCGAGGGCGAGCAUUGCAAACGCGUAUGCCAACACAAAGGCUUUAUAUAAAGCCGGAGUGCCUCUGAUUGUAGGGACGGACGCCGCGGGCAAGGGGUUUGGACUGCCGUACGGGCUCGGUAUGCACAUGGAGAUGCGUGCUCUCGUGAAAGAGUUCUACUCAACGGCAACCAUGGCCUCCAAGCAAAGUCCUCAUGUUCUGAUCGUCGGCGCCGGUCUCAGCGGCCUCACGCUUGGCCAGAUACUCCGCAAGAACAACAUAUCAUUCUCCAUCUUCGAACGCGACACCAGAGCCGAUGCCAGAGCUCAAGGCUGGGCCAUAGCUCUUCACGGACCCGUACUCGCAGAACUCUCAGCAUCGAUGCCCGCGGACCUGGGUCCCAUCGAGCAGACCAACCACCUGAGCCCCCUGGACCACAUCCCAGCUCAGUUCGUCUUCUAUGACGCCAGCAAGCCGGACUGGCGUGCUGGCGUCACGGACGACGAUACCGGCAAAAUCGUACGUGCCAAUCGCCAGCGGCUUCGCGACUGGCUGCUGCAGUUCCUGCCGGUGCAGUUCAACAAGCGAGUGACGCGGAUCGAAGAGCGAGACGCCAAGGUUACGGCGUACUUCGAGGACGGUAGCUCAGAGACAGGUGACAUCUUGGUCGGAGCUGAGGGCAGCCGCAGUCUCGUGCGCAAACAUAUCUUGCAGGGGCAGGACGUGAUUAAGCCGCUGCCUGUCGGCUCGCUGGUCGGAGAGAUCCAGCUGAGCGGCGAGGACCUCGUGCACCAGCUCGAGCUGGGGCACUCUGCCUACAUCGUCUUGGACUCAUCGCCCGAGAACCAGAGAGGUAGCCAGGCCAGCUUGUUCGCUGCUCUCAACAAGAUCAGCCCCGACAAGAAGACAGGGUACUUUUACUUCAUCCUCCACUGGAUCGAUCGGGCGGCGGCCGAGAGUACGGAGGAGAGGCCGUUCUGGACUGUCACGGCGUCACGAGAGGAGUUGAUGGCGUUCGCAAAGGAGAAGACCAAGAUCUACCCAGACUAUUUGCGUGUGCUCGUCGACAAAGUUCCGGUUGAGAGUUACAGGCAGCCGGGCAUCGUGCUGCAGAGCGUGGAACUGGCAGCUGAUCAGCUGCCCGCAGGCAGAAUUACUCUCGCUGGAGACUCGGCGCAUUCAAUGACGCCUUUCCGAGGCGAAGCCGGUGUGUGCGCCUUGACGGACGGUCUAAGGCUGGGACGAGCCAUUGCAAGCAUUCGCGAUGCCGGAGGAGCAGAUGCGGAUGUGAUCAAGUACAUCACGGAGUAUCGCGAUGACAUGCUUGCGAGAGGGGCUAAAGCCAUCAGCGUAUCCAACCCGGUGCUUGAGCAGCAUGCAAAGGACGCGAACUAUGAGUUCUGGACAUGUGGCAAGAAGAUUUCGCCGCUUCCGAAGGAGAAGAUCGUGGUCUAG